AUGGACGUCAACAACACGUCACACAACAACACAUCAUACAACAACACGUCACACAACAACACGUCACACAACAACACGUCAUACAACAACACGUCAUACAACAACACGUCAUACAACAACACCUCACACAACAGCAGCAGCUUCCUAUCACAAGCACCUGGCAAUCCUGCUGAGCUGUUGUUCUGGGGUAAAUACGGCAGCUUACUCCUAGCCUCCUCUAAUAUCGCCGCCCCCCCAUCAGACUCCAUUGCGUUAAGCAGGGUCCCCUCCGGCUCCGAACAUCUCCCUAACGGCUCCAUUAGCAUUUUUAAUAUCUUCCCUUCCAAUAAUGUAACUGUCGGCCUCCUUGGGUACCUCGAUUACACGGAGGCUGGACUCAUCACCAACGUGGCGACCUGCAUCAUCAUCUGCUUCAGCCUUCCUCUCAUCUUCAUUGCCAUCUACUCCCUCUACUCUGUGGUACGCAGUGACCACAUUGCUCCCAUCUACGUCAUCAACCUUCUGACCUCUGACCUCAUCCAGCUCUGCUGCAUGAUCUGUGAAGUCGCCCGUCCUAAGAGCCGGAUGAUAUUCAUCAUCAACAAAUGUAUUUACAACUACAGUCUGAUGACCAGUGUUGUCUUCAUGGUGUGCAUCGCCCUGGAAAGGUACCUGCUGAUCGUCUUCCCCCUGUGGUACCACUGCAGACGAACCAUCCGGUCCACCGUGGGGAUCUGUGCCGUGGCCUGGGUCCUUCCUUCUCUUUACCUCUUCACUUUAUUUUUUGGUGGAAAUUUCAAUGUCCCCCAAAUCAUCGCCUUUGUCUUCCUGCUCCUUCCCCUCCCACUGCUCAUGUUCUUCUGCUGUGCGACUCUCAAAGCCCUGUCUGCCUCCGUCUCCAUCCUGCCUGACGAAAAACAACAAAUUGUAGGAACUUUGGUCGUGGUGCUGCAAAUUUACAUGUUGCUUUUCCUGCCCAAUGUUAUUUUGAUACUGGUAGCGAGAUCCACUAAUGACCACUCGCUUGUUACAACCCUCGUCUACUUGUCUUCGGUGUUUCUUAAGCUGAAUCCUCUCGCAGACUUGGUUCUGUAUAUCUUCACAAAAAAAGGGUUCCUAGACAACAUCUUGGCCUCUGUGCGGUUCUGCAGAGUGGAAGACAAAAAACUCAGCAGUCUGGAAGCAACAUUAAAAGUUUAA